AUGAGGCAAGAGGAUUGGGACUUAGCCGACCGAAAGGCAAGGGGACUAAUCAGAUUGUGUCUUUCUGAUUCUGUUAUGUUGAUCGUUCAUGAGGAGAAGACUGCGAGUGACUUGUGGAAGAAGUUGGGCGACAUUUAUCAGGGCAAGUCCCUGGGAACUAAACUUUAUGUGCUUGACAAUCCAAAAUCUGCAGAGGAGAUUGCUGAUAUGAAAAGCAUGCCUUAUGCUAGUGCAAUUGGCAGCUUGAUGUAUGCAAUGAGUAAUCGGGCAGGUUCCGAGUGCUUUAAGCAGUCUGAAGAAUCUACAAUUGUUGGAUUUGAGCUCCAACAAAUUGCAAGUCUGCAACAGCUGAGGAAACUUGACUUGAGUCAUAACGAGCUCACUGGAAGGAUACCGAAAGCCAUUGGGCAAUGUUUCCGCCUGGAGAUGAUUGACCUCUCAUACAACAACCUCACAGGAAAUAUCCCUAUGGAGAUCUCGAGGCUCCAUUCUUUGGCGUUUUAUCUCAAUUUUUCAUACAAUUCAUUGGCAGGAAGCUUGCCUUCGCUGGGAGGAAUGCAACAGAUUCAAGCCAUAGAUAUCUCGGUUAAUAAACUGUCAGGACCUAUCGCUGGCGAUAUUGGCAGUUGCUCAGAAUUGCAAUACCUAAACCUUGCCAAAAACAAAUUGAAGGGAAUGGUGCCCAAGUCAAUAGGGCAGCUUAAGAGCCUUGAAAGCAUUGACAUAUCUUUCAAUGAGUUGUCUGGGCCAGUGCCAGGAUUAUGUGCAGCCUCUGGCUGGUUGAAUUUACCAAAUUGCACAAGCUCUGCAAAAAAUCAUGAUACAUUGAACAAAAACAUUGUCUUGGGUGCUUCAAUUGGCACUGUCUUCGCCUUGUGUUGCAUUUGUGGGGCAUUUUACAUUUUCUACAGAAGCAUUAAAGUGGCACCAGCUACAAAUAGUUUGUUGGGGCAAGGUUUCAUGCAAAUUUCUAGCCAGGAACUUCACACAGCAACACAAGGAUUUAGUGCAGCUAAUUUACUAGGCAAUGGCAGCUUCAGGUCAGUUUACAAAGGGCUCUUGCCUGAUAACAAGUUGGUGGCCAUUAAGUUAUUCAAUCAGGACCCUCAAAAUUCAUACAAGCAUUUUGUCAGGGAAUGCAGAGUACUAAGAAAAAUCAGGCAUCGCAAUCUUGUGAAAGUCUUGUCCUCUUCCUCCGCUGGAGAUUUCAGGGCUCUUGUACUGGAAUUUAUGUCACAGGGGAGCUUAGAACAACACCUUCAUAUGGAUGAAACGCAGUAUAGCUUGAGUUUGAAAAUGAGAGUGAAGAUUGCACUUGAUGUGGCACAUGGGAUGGCAUAUUUACACCACAAUUGUUCUCCCCCUGUUGUUCACUGUGACUUGAAACCCUCAAAUGUGUUAAUGGACGAAACCAUGACAGCCCAUGUGGCUGAUUUUGGAAUUUCCCGUCUAUUGAUGUCCCCUGUUUCUGCAAGUAGUAGCACAUCCAGACUGAAGGGAACAGUAGGCUACCUUGCUCCAGAAUAUGGAUUGGGAGGACGAGUGAGUAGCAAGGGAGAUGUUUACAGCUUUGGGAUGCUCAUCCUUGAAAUGGUGACUAAAAAGAGGCCUACCGAUGCUAUGUUCGGUGGAGAUGUAACUUUGCCCAAGUGGGUGAGAAGAGCAUUUCCUGAGGCAGUGGAGGUAGUGGUGGAGAGAGAGUUGUUGGCUGAUCAACAAACUGUAGGCAAGUCCAGUAUCGCUAUAGUUGAAGAAUUGGAAUCCCCUGAGUGUGAAAGUUGCCUGGUUGAUUUUAUUGGAUUAGGUAUCCAAUCCGCAAGUGAAAGUCCAGUAGAUAGACCAACAAUGAGAGAGGUGGAGGGCUCUACAUUUCAUUACCUAGAUUGGAAACCAGGGUUUGACCCAACCCAGCACAGAUUUGAGAAAACUCCUGUAUGGCUUUCCCUGGUUGGCCUUCCUUCAGAAUUCUGGUGCCCAAAAGCGUUAUUGAAGAUAGGGGAUGCUCUUGGAAGCAUUGUAGGGAUUGAAGCAGAUUUUUUUGAAGGAUGGAAUGGGGAUGUAGCAAAUAUUUAUGUCGAGAUUGACUUGUCCAAAGGUUUUUAUAGUGAGCUUGAAAUCAUUUUAGAGCUAGGCAGAUGGAAACAAAAAGUAUCAAGAUUCAGGAAAGGAGUUCCUGGCAAAUGCAUACUGAGAAAUCAAAUAGUCAACAAUAGCUCCUUGGUAGCGUCUAUAGGCUUCAUCAACCUCCCCCCUCUGCAAGCAGAUCAAUUAGCAAGUCCAACUUCUCAAAAGAGAUUCGCGAAGCUGGAUGAAGAAGUCGGGAUUCCGGUCUAA